CGCACACUGUUCGGCCGGCGUCAUUUUAGAACGCGCAUUUUUUUGCAGAUUUUUCAUUUUGUGGAAAGUCUUCUAGCGCCAACACACAGGCUUAUAAAAACCAAUUUAGCUGCGUGCAUAAAGUGUAGAUCUUAUUUAAUCUAGGUGAGCCAUGAAAGCAAAGAGAGUCGACUAAAAAUCGUACUUUCCUUUCGUACUUUGCGUGUGUGUGCGGUUGUGUGCGGUUGUGCUAAUUCUUUCCUUAUUUUUUGUCGUGUGAAGUAUUUUAAUAAAAACAAAAUGGGCAAGAAAAUCGACAACCCUGAGAGCUCGGCAAAGGUUUCCGAUGCCGAAGAGGAGGAGGAGGAGUACGCCGUGGAAAAGAUCAUCGACAGGCGGGUGCGCAAGGGAAAGGUGGAGUACUAUCUGAAAUGGAAGGGCUAUCCCGAAACUGAGAACACGUGGGAGCCGGAGAACAAUCUCGACUGCCAGGAUCUUAUCCAGCAGUACGAGGCGAGCCGCAAGGAUGAGGAGAAGUCAGCCGCCUCCAAGAAGGAUCGACCCAGCAGCAGCGCCAAGGCCAAGGAAACUCAAGGACGCGCCAGCAGUUCGACGUCCACAGCAAGCAAGCGAAAGUCCGAAGAACCAACAGCGCCCUCUGGCAAUAAAUCAAAACGUACCACAGAUGCGGAGCAGGACACCAUUCCCGUUUCAGGAUCUACCGGAUUCGAUCGCGGCCUGGAGGCCGAAAAGAUCUUGGGUGCCUCCGACAAUAAUGGCCGCCUGACAUUCCUCAUUCAGUUCAAAGGCGUGGACCAAGCAGAAAUGGUGCCCUCCUCAGUGGCCAAUGAAAAAAUCCCACGAAUGGUAAUCCACUUCUACGAAGAGCGCCUAUCCUGGUACUCUGAUAAUGAAGAUUAAACAGUUGGAUCAUCGAAAGCGAAAAAGAACGAUUAUACAUUUAACGAAAAAUUACCCACUUAGAAUUAUAGCUCCUUGCAGGCGCUUUCAAAACCACCCAACCAACUCUUAAGGCAUCGGACUUUUUUCCAUAAAUGUCCAGAGUCAGUGUCUGUAUUUAUGAUAACCAUUUUCAAUAAAUAAAAAAAACCUUUAUUCUGCUGGAGCCU